AUGUUUAUUUAUAUUGCAACUCCGGCUGAAGCCGCCAAUGAUAAAUUGAAGAUUCAGUGUGGUCCGACUGAUGAUAUUAAAAUUAUUAGAGAGUUGAUUUUUAAACAUUUUGGUAAAAAGUUUUCGCCUAAAUGUCAAAGGUUAAUAUUUGGUGGAAAGCAACUCGAAGAUGGACAUACUCUAUUUCAUUAUAAUAUUAAGAAUACUAAUACAGUACAACUGUUUGGAAAAAUAAAUCGCGACCUUGAAAAAGUUUUACCUGACGCGUCUCCUGGUGAACAACACGUCGUGUCAGUAGUAAUACAUCAACAAAAAACUGAUGCUAACGAUGUUAAUGAAAUGGAUUUAGAUGCGCCACAAAUUGAAGAUACUAUUCAAGAAUCAGUUGCGUCAGUUAAUGAUGAUGCACGAAAAGAGACCGUUGAACUUGAUCGUGAUAUUAACAUGCAAGAUAGUGUUAAUGAUGGAGCCGAAGAUUAUGUUUGUGAAAUGUGUAAUAAUAAUUCUCGAAAAAAAUGUAAAAAUUGUGGGUGUAGUAUUUGUGGUGGAAAAGAUGAUGAAGCACAUAUGAUAGUUUGUGAUGAGUGUCAAUAUUAUUUCCAUUUUGCAUGUUUAAAUCCUCCUCUCACAAAUUUACCGGAUGAAGAAUAUUGGUACUGUCCUGAUUGUAAACAUCAGGAUAAUGAUAUUGUCUUGGCUGGUCAAAGGUUAGACUUAAAAAAGUCUAAAAAGUCAAAGAUGCCAUCUGCGUUCCAAACUAAAAGUUGGGGUGGUGGAAUGGCAUGUGUUGGUUUAUCAAAAAGAUGUGAAAUAGUAGAUCCCGAUUACUUUGGAGCUAUUCCAGGAAUUCCAGUUGGAUCAUCAUGGAAAUAUAGAAUUAAUUGUUCAGAGGCUGGAGUUCAUCGACCUCCUGUUGCUGGAAUCGCGGGGAAAUCUAGUGUUGGAUCAGUAUCGAUUGUGCUCAGCGGUGGUUAUCCCGAAGAUACGGAUAACGGUUCCGAAUUUAUAUAUACAGGUUCCGGUGGUAGGGACCUUAAAACUGGUAAUAAGAGGACCGCUGAACAAUCAUCAGAUCAAGAACUUACCAAAACUAACUUGGCUCUUGCGGUAUGCUGUGACGCAAAAGUCAAUGAUAUAAAAGGGGCAGUAGCUAAAGACUGGAAAAAAGGAAAACCAAUUCGAGUAUGCCGGAGUGAUAAAUUAAAAAAGCAUAAUCCAAAAUUUGCACCUGAUGAAGGUAUUCGUUAUGAUGGACUGUAUAAAGUCGUCCGGUACUGGCCAGAAAAGGGAAAAUCUGGAUUCAUCGUGUGGCGUUAUGAAAUGCGACGUGACGACGACGAACCUGCUCCUUGGUCACCGGAAGGGAAGAAACGUAUUGCCGAAUUAGGAUUAACUAUGUAUGUCCCCGAUGAAUUAAAGGAUGAAGAAUCAAAGAAACGUAAAUCUGGAGAAGGAGGAUCAUCUAAUAAGAAAGCAAAGAAAACGAAAACCUAUAAGCCUUCAAGUACGUUAGCGAAACUCAUCGCAAAAGACAAAAAAAAUGCACGUGCGUGGAAAAUUGUCAUGGGAAAGGAUUGUGAUACAUUAGCGGAAUUUAUUUCUUCCAUUGAGGAAGAAUUCAAGUGUCCAGUUUGUAUAGAAUUGGUCCAAAAUCCAGUCACGACCCCGUGUUCACAUAAUUAUUGUUUCGGUUGUCUUGAGCUAUCUGCUCAAAACUUUGGUAAAAAAUGUGUGCAAUGUCGUGAAGAAUUUGGUUCUAAGAUAUUUGGAAUUAAUGAUGAUUUGGUUGCAGCAUUACAGGAAGUUAUUCCUACUUACAAUCAGAAAGGCAAGGGAAAGGUUUACUAA